AUGCUCCAAUCCCUCCUUCCCACCAACUUCGUGAGCGCCCUCGGUCUCCUCAUCGCCUUGGGCACAGCAGCAAGCCUAACAUGGACCGCCUUCACAAUCCUCUCCCCCUACCUGCGCGUCAAAGGCGCGCGGAUAUUCAACGACCGCGCCGGAUCGGAGCUCCUCUGGACGAACGCGCGGAAGCGCUUCCAGCGCGGUGCGCGCGACCUCUUCAAGGCCGCGUUCGCACAGCACCCGGACGCUUUCUACAUCAUGACAGACACCGAUGUCGAACUCAUCCUCGACUCCAAGUACGCGCCCGAGGUGCGCAACGAUCCACGCUUUGAUAUCGGCAAGUAUAAUGAGGACAUGUUCCAUGGGACGAUUGCCGGGUUUGAGAUGUUCGAGGACGAUCAUGUCCUGGAGCGCGUUUUUGUCGAGACUGUGCGGAAUAAGUUGACUCGGGCUAUUGGGAAAUUCGUCAAGCCCAUCUCGCUAGAAGCCGCCGAUGGCCUACGGGAAUACUGGACCGACGAGACAGAAUGGCACUCCCUUCCCCUCCACCAAAGCGUCCUGCGCACAAUCGCCAAACAAUCCUCCCGAGUCUUCCAAGGCGCGCCGCUGUGCUACAACCCCGACUGGCUGCGCAUCACCGUGAACCACACGGUCACUUUCUUCGAAGCCGCCGAGUCGCUCAAGGUGUGGCCGCACCCACUGCGACCCCUCGCAGCCAAGGUCCUGCCGCUGUGCAGGAAGCUGCGUGCCGAGGCGCAAGAGGCAAGACGCAUCAUCGCCCCGGUCCUAGAAGAGAGGCUGGAGCGCGUACGGGCCAAAAUGGCGCAAGAGAAGAAUUCCGCCGCAAGGACGACAGAAUUUGAAGAGGAGGAAGAAGGCAAUAUGAUCGAGUGGGCCGAGGAAGCGGCCAAUGGGGCCAUCUACGAUGCUGCCCUCCUCCAAAUGAAGGUCUCGCUGGCGUCCAUCCACACAACCUCCGACCUCGUCAGCCAGACACUCUUUAAUCUAUGCAGCCGGCCUCAGCUCGUGGACGACCUCCGUAGAGAAGUCAUCGAAGUGAUUGGCCAGCAGGGCUGGGUCAAGCCGGCUCUGUAUCAACUAAAGCUGAUGGACAGCGUGCUCAAGGAGACUCAGCGGCUGAAGCCGAUUUCAAUCGGCACCAUGGUCCGCACCACAAUCUCCCCCGUCACCUUCAGCGAUGGCCUCCAGGUGCCCCGCAACACACGAACGCUAGUCUCCUGCCACAACAUGUGGACCGACUCGGUGCACUCGAACCCCGAGAAGUUUGACGGAUACAGAUUCCUCAAGCUGCGGCGACUCCCCGGGCAAGAAAACUGGACCCAGCUCGUUUCCACGAGUAACAAGCAUCUGGGCUUCGGACACGGGAUGCACGCGUGUCCGGGGCGCUUCUUCGCGGCGACGACGGCUAAAGUGCUGAUUGCCCAUGUGGUACUCAAGUACGAUUUGAAGCUACUGGACGGGCACAGGCCGGAUAUUAUUGAGCAUGGGGCGGCGCAGUAUGCCAAUGUCUGGUGUCCGAUUGGGGUUAGGAGGCGCAGGGAGGAGAUUGACCUUGCGCUCCUCUAG